CAGACGUUGACAUUGUCACACAUUUUUCAAAACAAAGUUCGCUUGUCACAUUUAAAUUAUUAGUCAUACCUCAUUAUGUUUCAGUUAAAUUUUCUGUAAAAUGUUUAGUUAUUUAAAAGUAUGCCUUCCCCUGUUAGUAGUCUACAUCAACCGCCAGUUGCUGAUGUUACUAAUGCCUCUCCAGUGGACCCCGUUGAUGCUAGCAAAGAAAAAAAACCAACUGUUUUAGAGUCUCACGGAUAUACUUUAGGAAAAACCAUUGGAAAUGGGUCCUAUGCUACCGUUCGUAUGGCCCAAAGUGAACGCCAUGAGGGAAACGUAGCAAUAAAGAUUGUAAGUAAAUUUUCUGCACCAGCCGAUUAUUUAAAGAAGUUUCUACCUAGAGAGAUUGAAGUAGUAAAAGGCCUUAGACACCCUAAUCUCAUUAGGUUUCUACAAGCUAUAGAAACUACACACAGAGUUUAUAUAAUUAUGGAAUAUGCAGACAAUGGCAGUCUUCUGGAUAUCAUCAGAAAAGAUCAAUUAAUUGAUGAAACUCGAGCCAGAAAAUGGUUUAAGCAGCUAGUCUACGCUAUCGAUUAUUGCCAUGAUCGUGGAGUAGUUCACAGAGAUGUUAAAUGCGAAAAUUUACUAAUGGAUGAAGGCUGGAACGUCAAACUAUCGGAUUUUGGGUUUGCCCGAGGCCACAUGAAACCGAAAAAUGGUAAUCCCAUCCUCAGCGAGACUUACUGCGGAAGUUAUGCAUAUGCGUCUCCAGAAAUUUUGAGAGGAAUCCCCUACCAGCCUCAACAUGCUGACAUAUGGUCGAUGGGAGUGGUACUGUUUGCUAUGGUAUUCGGUAGAUUACCUUUUGACGAUAGCGAUUAUAAAGAACUGAUAAAACAAGUAUCUAGUAAAGUGGUAUUUCCGAAAGAUCCGAAAGUCUCUGUUAAUUGUAAAUCAUUAAUAAACAAAAUACUGUCACCAUUAAAGAGCAGAAUCAGAAUAAGCGGAAUAAGAAUCGAUUCUUGGUUCUCGUACGAAGAAGACCAAGCGGCGGGCUCAAGCAAAGAGAGGAGAAGCAGUACAGAGUCUGAAGACGAUAGGAGAUCGAGUUUAGAUCCAGAUACAAUCGUACCGCCAGACAUUAUUACUAAAGAGCAACUAGAGAGCAAAGCUAGACCUAGAGGCUCAAAGAGGUAUAGUACAGACGAAGAGGAAACUGUCAAAACUGAGGAUCCUACACGGAGCGAUACUGAAGAUUCAAGCAAAGGAAAUACCACAGGAAAACAGAAAAGACAAUCUAAAUAAACUUUGGUUACUAUCGUUUUGCAAAUGAUCAAAAUAUACACAUUGUA